AUGUGCUCGGCGGGGAGGUGCUGGGGCCGGUGGCAGCGAAUCCUGCUCUGGGGCGUCCUGCUGGCGGCCUGGGAGGCGGCGUGGGGGCAGCUGCGCUACUCGGUGCCCGAGGAGAUGCCCAAGGGCUCGUUCGUGGGCGAUGUGACCAAGGACCUGGGGCUGCAGAUGCCGGCGCUCGCAAAUCGUGGCGUCCGCAUCAUCGACAGAGGUAGGACGCAGUAUUUCGCUCUACAUGGAAAGACGGGACAUUUAGUGACGGCCGAGAGGAUCGACAGAGAGCAGCUGUGCCGGCUGGUGGAGCAAUGCGUGCUGCGCUGUGAGCUGAUAGUGGAGGGAGAAAUGAAAGUUUACGAAAUUGAUGUGGAAAUCACGGACAUUAAUGACAACUCCCCCACUUUCAAGGAUACUGAAGUGGAAGAGAAAAUAAGCGAGAUGAAUACCCCGGGGUCGCGUUUUUCACUUCCCAGGGCUCACGAUCCGGACUCUGGACAGAAUUCCCUGCAGAGCUACGAGCUGAGCGGCGAUGAGCACUUCUCGCUGGCCGUGCAGAAGGGCCCCGGCGGGGAUCAGCGUCCCGAGCUGGUGCUGGCGAAGGCGCUGGACCGGGAGGAGGCGGCGAUUCACGAGCUGGUGCUGAGGGCGAUCGACGGCGGCGAUCCGGCCCGAACAGGCACGGCGCGGAUCCGCGUGACGGUGGUGGACGCGAACGACAACGCGCCCGUGUUCAGCCAGGCGGAGUACACGGUGCGUGUGCCGGAGGACGUGCCCGUGGGCUCCACCCUCGUCACCGUCACGGCCACCGACGCCGACGAGGGUAUGAACGGGAACGUCAGAUACUCACUGAAGAAAGAGACGGACAUGGCAUUGGAUAUUUUCCAUCUGGAUUCUGAAACCGGAGAGAUCACGCUAAUGAGAAGCCUGGACUUUGAGGAAGGUAACGCCUACGAGAUGGAGGUGCAAGCACGGGACGGAGGACAACUUUACGAUACGGCAAAGGUCGAGAUCACUGUAACAGACAUAAACGACAAUGCACCUAAACUGACAGUGACUUCUCAGCUUAGUGAGGUCUCUGAGGACUCCCCGACGGGGACUGUUGUUGCCCUGCUACACGUACAGGACCAGGACUCGGGUGCCAACGGCGAGGUGCGCUGCUCCCUUGACGGGGAUGUCCCGUUCCUCCUGGAGCACUCGCAGGGCAGCUACUACCGCGUGGUGACAGCGAGAGAGCUGGACCGGGAGCAGCAGUCGGAGUACAACGUGACGGUGCGGGCGUCCGACGGCGGGUGGCCGGCGCUGCAGAGCAGCAGGGUGCUGGCGCUGCGGGUGCUGGACGUGAACGACAACGCGCCGGUGUUCUCGCAGGAGGCCACGCUGCACGUGGUGCUGGCCGACAGCUUGCAGGAGGCGCUGCCGGAGCUGAGCGAGCGGGCGGCGGGCGCCGAGGCGCCGGCCGAGCUGCAGUUCUACCUGGUGCUGGCGCUGGCGCUGCUGUCGGCGCUCUUCGUGCUCAGCGUGGCGCUGGCCGUGCUGGCGCGGCUGCGCCGGGCCGGGUCGCCCGCCGUGCUGCGCUGCCUGGGCGCGCAGCGCUUCUCUCUGGCCGGCGCCGCCUUCCCGCCCGACUUCUGCGAGGGCACCUUGCCCUACUCCUACAACCUGUGCGUGGCCGCGCCGGCCCGCGCCGCCGCCGAGGCCGCUUGGCCGCCCCCGCCGCUGCCCAUCCUGCCCGCCGAGGAGCUUCUGGCCGGGGAGCCCUGCGACAAGCCAAUCCUGAGCAGCAGCGCCGUCGCGGGAGAGCCGCCCACCGACUCCGAUGCACCGCAGUGCCGGGAGGAGGCUGCGGGCGCCGCUGUUGACCGAGAGGAGCGAGAGGAAGGUCGGAGCGCUGCAGCCCCGCCCGCUGCGGACCGGCUCGAUCGUUGGAUCGCUGGAUUCCUGGGUCUGAAAGGGGUCGGUUUCCGAUCGUCCCGUGGUGCGGAUCUGUGCUACAGUGAGGCGGAGGGGCUGGUGGUGGAGGCCGAAAGCGGCAAGUCGGAACGGGAGCAGGAGCCGGGUCAUUUAUCGGCGGCGCGAUUCCUGCUCUGGGGCGUCCUGCUGGCGGCCUGGGAGGCGGCGUGGGGGCAGCUGCGCUACUCGGUGCCCGAGGAGAUGCCCAAGGGCUCGUUCGUGGGGGACGUGGCCAAAGACCUGGGGCUGCAGCACUUGGAGCUCGGCGACCGCGGUGUCCGUAUCCUGGACAAAGGCAGGACGCAGUAUUUCGCUCUGCAUGGGAAGACGGGACAUUUAGUGACGGCCGAGAGGAUCGACAGAGAGCAGCUGUGCCGGCUGGUGGAGCAAUGCGUGCUGCGCUGUGAGCUGAUGGUAGAGGAAAAGAUGCAGGUUUACGAAAUCGAGGUAGUAAUCACGGACAUUAACGACAACGCACCCAGCUUCCGAGAAGAAGAAACACAGCUGAGAAUAAGCGAGACGACAACCCCUGGAUCGAGAUUUCCGCUUCCCAGGGCUCACGAUCCGGACUCUGGACAGAAUUCCCUGCAGAGCUACGAGCUGAGCGGCGACGAGCACUUCUCGCUGGCCGUGCAGACGGGCCCCGGCGGGGAUCAGCGUCCCGAGCUGGUGCUGGCGAAGGCGCUGGACCGGGAGGAGGCGGCGUUCCACGAGCUGGUGCUGAGGGCGAUGGACGGCGGCGAUCCGGCCCGGACGGGCACGGCGCGGAUCCGCGGCGCCGCCUUGCGCGGCGUGCCUGCCACGCACUUCGUGGGCAUCGACGGCGUCCGCGCCUUCCUGCACUCCUACUCGCACGACGUGUCUCUCACGGCCGACUCGCGCAAGAGCCACCUGCGCUUCUCGGCCGCCAGCUGCUGCGACACCCUCCCGGCCCGCCCGCCGCCCGACGAGCCCGCCCCGCUCCUCGGAGAGGAGGAACCUGCCGGCGACCGGCCCGCCGACCCCGCCCCGGUGAGUUCCUCUGGCCAGUUUGUCUCUGCGAAGAGACCGUGUA